AUAAAUGUGGUGAGUUGUGCUGAUUUUCUCAACUUAGGAGGUGCUUGAUUUUCUUAAUCUCUGCUACAAAGAAAGGUUUCUCUACACGGUCUCCCCUUCUAUUCUCCGCAAUCCGAAUGCGAAUCUAAAACCCCUUCUCUUCCCAUGGCCUUGUUUCGUAGGCUGCUUCCUCUCUCCUCCUCCAUAAACAGGACGAGCUUCUGGUCAUCCGGAAUUCUUCUUCAAGGUAAUCAGAGUUACGGAGCAAUCACUACUCCGGAAAAAACGUUGUUGAAAUUGGAAGAUGGAGAGACAAGAGGUGAUGCUGAUUCUGUUAUUGCUGAUGAUGAGAUAGCUAAGAUUUGGCACGAAUUUGACUCUGCAAAGCAGAGUUUCCUCAAGAUUCCUCAGGCACUUAAAGAAAUGCCUAAGAUGAAUCCGGAAGGGAUAUAUGUGAAUAAGAACCUGAGAUUGGACAGUAUUCAAGUUUAUGGAUUCGACUAUGACUACACGCUGGCACAUUACUCGUCAGAAUUACAGAACUUGAUAUAUGAUCUUGCUAAGGAGCAUAUGGUCAAUGAGUAUCACUAUCCUGAGGUUUGCAUGGAAUUCAAGUAUGAUCCAAGUUUUCCCAUUAGAGGACUAAGCUAUGACAAGUCGCGAGGGUGUCUCUUGAAGCUGGACUUCUUUGGGUCAAUCGAGCCAGAUGGAUGCUACUAUGGUCGUCGAAAGCUUAGAAGGAAGGAAAUAGAUGAGAUGUAUGGCACAAGGCGUAUCGGUCGUGAUCAAGCAGCUAGCCUUGUUGGGUUGAUGGAUUUCUUCUGCUUUAGCGAGGCAUGCCUCAUUGCAGACAUCGUGCAAUAUUUUGUGGAUGCUAAGCUGGAAUUUGAUGCUUGCUACAUCUAUCAAGAUGUCAAUCGUGCAAUUCAGCAUGUUCACCGUACUGGCCUUGUUCAUAGAGGAAUUCUUUCUGAUCCCCAUAGAUAUCUUGUUAAAAAUGGCCAGCUGUUACACUUUCUGAAGAUGCUCAGGGAAAAAGGAAAAAAACUAUUCUUGCUGACUAACUCUCCAUACUACUUUGUGGAUGGAGGAAUGCGUUUUUUGUUGGAGGAUUCUUUGGGUCUUAAUGACUCUUGGAGGGAGCUUUUUGAUGUUGUGAUUGCCAAAGCCAAUAAGCCAGAUUUUUACACAUCUGAGCAUCCAUUUCGUUGUUAUGAUGCAGAAAAAGAUACUUUAGCUUUCAUGAAGGUGGAUGCGUUUCUUCCUAAUAAUGUUUAUUACCAUGGAUGCCUGAAAUCAUUUCUUCAAAUUACCAAGUGGAAGGGACCAGAGGUGAUAUACUUUGGAGAUCACCUCUUUAGCGACCUAAGGGGACCGUCAAAAGCUGGUUGGCGCACUGCUGCUAUAAUCCAUGAACUAGAAGAUGAAAUACUUGUACAGAAUCAGGAUGCUUACCGGGUGGAGCAGGCUAAAUUUCAUAUAUUCCAAGAAUUGCUUGGUAGACUGCAUUCAACGGUAUCUACUAGUCAGAAAAGUGAGGCCAAUGUACUGUUGGAGGAGCUAAAUGAGUGCAGACGUAAGGCAAGCCACAAGAUGAAGGCAAUGUUUAAUACAUCUUUCGGAGCCACCUUCCUUACAGAUAAAGGUCAAGAAUCUGCUUUUGCGUAUCAUAUCCAUCAAUAUGCAGAUGUCUAUACCAGUAAGCCAGAGAAUUUUUUGCUCUAUCCACUUGAAGCAUGGCUUCAUGCACCCUUCGAUGUUAAGAUUAUGCCACAUCAUGUGAAGGUUUCAUCCAGCUUGUUCAAGACUUGAUAUAUAUCAUCUUACAACAAGGUCAGGCAUGGGCGAUAAUGCAGACAUGUGCUUUGUUAUCAUUGUAUGAUGGGUAUGCUCUAAUUCAAUAGUUUAGACACAAUUACUAUACCAUUCUUUGAACAAGAACUUAAU